CCCAGAAAAAAAGUCAGCCCCAGCUAAGAAAAAAAAACCUAGAAAAACGACAAUGGGAGAUGAUGUGAAGCACUUUGUUUUAGUUCAUGGCGUUUGCCAUGGGUCUUGGUGCUGGUACAGGCUUAUCGCUCUGCUCAAACAAGCUGGUCACCGUGUCACUGCUUUGGAUCUUGGUGCUUGUGGGAUCAACCCCAAACAGCUAAAUGAGAUCACUUCUGUUUGGGACUACGUGCACCCGUUGAUGGAGUUCAUGGCCUCUCUCCCUCAAGGUGAGUCUGUGAUUUUGGUUGGUCAUAGCUAUGCCGGCCUUUGUAUCUCUCUAGCCAUGGAAAGCUUCCCAGAAAAAGUUUCACUAGGAGUUUUUGUCACAGCCUAUAUGCCAGACUUCAAAUCUCCACCACUAACUCUCAUCCAAGAAUAUUUCAAAAGGACCCCAAAAGAAUCCACAAUGGAUUGCCAAUUAUCUUUAGAUUCGGUAUUAUUUGGUCCGGAUUAUAUGAGAACCAAGGUGUACGCCCACUGUCGAUCAGAGGAUUUGGAAUUGGCUAAAGUGUUGAUGAGGCCAAAUGGAUUGUUUAUGGAAGACUUUUCUAAGGAGGGUAUGUUAACAGAAGAGAAGUAUGGGUCAAUUGAUCGGGUUUUUAUAGUUUGCGAAGAAGAUGAAGUGAUGAAAGAGGAUUUCCAACGCUUGAUAAUCGAGGACAGCCCCCCAAAAGAAGUGAUUUUAAUUAGGGAAGCUGGGCAUAUGGUGAUGCUCUCAAAACCCAGUGAACUUUGCCAAAGGUUAUUGGAAGUUGCUGGCAGAUAUCAUCGUCUUUCUUAGGCCAACCAUUAGAGCUUCACAAAGUAAAAGUAAAGUAAAAAUGUUCGGUGAAGUUGGAGUGUUGGACUUGCAGAUGGUCCUUGACUGAUGAGUAAAUUUAUUCAGCAACAAAAAAAAAAAAAAAAAAAAAAAA